CCCUAAAUCCCUAAAUCCUUCCAUCUUCAAUCCGUUAUUUAAAUCUCCAAAUUCCUCUGCAACCACCACCCAAUGCCUCGAUCAAAGCCAAAAACAAGAACAACCAGAAAACCAUCAAUCAAAUCCCCACUUCAAUUCAUGGCCGCCUCUGCCACCGAGAAAACCCUAACCGGCGUUGGAAACCUAAUUCGCCUCCUCCCCACCGGUACUGUCUUCCUCUUCCAAUUCCUCAGCCCAAUCCUCACCAACAGCGGCCAAUGCGAACCAAUCAACAAAUCUCUCUCUCUAAUUUUGAUCCUCUUCUGUGGUCUCUCCUGUUUCCUCUCCUCCUUCACUGACUCCUACACUGGCGACGACGAUGCCCUCCACUGGGGCUUUGCGACCGCUUCCGGAAUGUGGCCGUCGCCGGAGUCCAAGGAGGUUGAUCUGUCACCCUACAAGCUUAGGGCAGGGGAUUUUGUACACGCCACCUUUUCGGCUCUGGUUUUUGGAGCUUUGGUGGUUCUAGACUCCGAUACUAUGAAGUGCUUCUUCCCGAGCUUUGCGGCAGCAGAUAAAUUGUUGGUUCAAGUUCUGCCGCCGGUCGUCGGAGCGGUUUCGAGCGUGGUGUUUGUGAUGUUUCCUAAUACUCGCCAUGGCAUUGGGUACUAUGAUUCCUCUGCAACUCCCGGCGGCGCUAAUUCGCCGCUGGUUCGGAGAGGUGCCUGAGGUUUCCUCUGGCCAUAACAUUUCCAAACGUAUUUAUAAUGAAACUUAAAAGAUUUCUGUUUGAAAGGUGAAAGGGAUGUUUGGGUGUCUAAAUAUGUAAUUUUACAAAUUUAAUUAUUUGAAGCUUUUAAUUAGAUUUUGAUUAAAGAAGGUCGGUAUAUGCCAA